AUGUGUAAUCACAGCAGAUGGAAUCCAACAAAGGAGCAAAUCGAUAUGUUAGAAGGAUUUUACAAAGCAGGAAUAACAACACCAAGUGCUGCAGAAAUCCAACAUAUGACAAGCAAGCUGAGAAUGUAUGGUGAUAUUGAAGGUAAGAAUGUUUUCUACUGGUUUCAGAAUCAUAAAGCUAGGCAGAGGCAAAGGCAAAUUAGACACAGUUAUGGUUAUCAUGAUCCAAGAAAUCACUUCAAUCAUCAGUUUCUUCAUAAUCAAAUUUCAUCUCCAAUGGGUUUAGCUCCUCCUAACACCAAUGGUUUUUUCUGUAGUAAAACUAGUCCAUAUUGCGCAUCAGCAGGGCCAAGUUUUUUCCCUCCUUAUGCUCAUCAGCAUCAGAACCCAAAGGUUUUACUUCCCCCAAGAAGUACUGUUAUUGCAAGAUCUGCAAGCAACAUUGUCAAUAAAAGACCAGCUGAUAGUCAAACAUUAGAUUAUGCUGUUGACCAAAACUCAGAUUAUGCUGUUGGCAAUGCUGAGAAUCAUUAUCAUGAAACAUUACCAUUAUUUCCGAUACAUCCAACAGGGAUUCGAAAAUCUGAAGACAAAGAAAAAGACUACUCAGGGUUCAAGAAUGCUUCAUUGACAACAAUUUCCUUAUGUACCGCUAGUACCAAUCGUCGAGAAGAUGAUGCUGAUGCUGAUGCCAAUGCAGCACAAAAAGAGAAUGGUGGACAAUUCCUCGAUUUCUUUGCAACUCAUUAG